AUUCCCCGCGAGCGCGUUUGGUUGGCCACCCCAAACUCCCACCGUGCUCCCCUCCACUGGAGACUCGGCCCGGCUUCUCCACAAACCGCAUAUCUCCAGGCUCUUUCCUGAAGAGAGCCAAGAAAACGCUGGCGGUUUGGGGGGAGGGGGAAGAGGAAACUGUAGCCUGUGUGACUCUGAGCUUCACAGAGCUCGCGGCCGGCGCGUGAAUGCGGUUGACGCUGUUCUGCUGCUCCUGGAAGGACGAGCGCAUGGGAGAAGACGAAGGUUCGUGUGUCGGACCUGCAGGGCUAAACGCCUUGUGCUUGUUAGCUUGUAUGGAGAAAAGGGCCGGUGGAAGCGUACCCCUGUGUGCCGGGUGCAAACAGCACAUCUAUGAUGGACAGUACCUCCAGGCUCUCAACACUGACUGGCACACACUUUGCUUCAGGUGCUGUGAAUGUAGUGCCUCUUUGUCCCACUGGUACUAUGAGAAAGAUGGCCGUCUCUUCUGUAAGAAGGACUACUGGACUAAGUUCGGAGAGCUGUGUCAUGGUUGUUCUGAGCCCAUCACCACGGGCCUCAUCAUGGUUGCAGGAGAGCUGAAGUAUCACCCAGAGUGCUUCACCUGCCUCACCUGUCGUGCCUUCAUAGGAGAUGGAGACACUUACGCUUUGGUGGAGAGGUCCAAGCUGUACUGUGGCCAUUGUUAUUACCAGAACAUCGUGAGCCCAGUGACCCUGCCUGCCUCUCCCUGUUCCCGGGUCCCUCACACAGUCACGUUGGUGUCCAUCCCGGCCUCCACUGAUGGCAAGCGUGGCUUCUCCUUGGCCAUCGACCAGGGGCCAAGCCCCAACAGCUACAGCCCCGAACAUGGCCACACGGUCCGCGUGUCCAAGGUGGAUUCAGAUUGCAUUAGCCCAGAUGUAAGAAACUCUAUACAUGUGGGGGACCGAAUCUUGGAGAUCAAUGGCACGCCAGUCCGGAAUGUUCCAGUGGAUGAGAUUGACCUGCUCAUCCAGGAGACCAGCAGGCUCCUGCAGCUGACCAUCGAACACGACCCCCAUGGGCAGGACGGCUUGGAGGACCUAGUGGAUGGGCCUAGCCCCCCACCCCCCUCAGACCUUCCCACACCCAUCACUCAGGCCCCAAACCAGGACAUCACCAACCUGCGAACCCGCAUGAUUACACGCAGCUACAGCACUGAUAAGUCUCCCUGCUCCAGUAACACGGUGUCUCCACUCUAUCUGCGGCGGGAUCUCGGACGCUCUGAGUCCCUGCGUUUGGUCAGUAACCGCACACACCGCAUCUUCCGUCCUUCUGACCUCAUACACGGAGAAGUGCUCGGGAAAGGCUGCUAUGGCCAGGCUGUUAAGGUGACUCACAGGGAGACAGGUGAGGUGAUGGUGAUGAAGGAACUGAUCCGUUUCGAUGACGAGACACAGAGGACAUUUCUCAAAGAGGUCAAAGUCAUGAGAUGUCUGGACCACCCGAACGUUCUGAGGUUCAUUGGGGUUCUGUACAAAGACAAGCGGCUGAAUUUCAUCUCUGAGUACAUCAAAGGAGGCACCCUAAGAGACAUCAUUAAGAAAAUGGACAGCAACUAUCCCUGGAACCACAGAGUGAGCUUUGCCAAGGACAUCGCGUCUGGAAUGGCUUACCUGCAUUCCAUGAACAUCAUCCAUCGUGAUCUCAACUCCCACAACUGCUUGGUCAGAGAGAACAACAGCGUCGUGGUGGCAGACUUUGGGCUUGCACGACUUAUGGUGGAGGACAAAAACCAGGAUCCUCUGGGGAAGCUGCCAGGCCUGAAGAAGGCUGACCGGAGGAAGCGGUACACCGUGGUGGGCAACCCCUACUGGAUGGCCCCGGAAAUGAUCCACGGGAAGAGUUACGAUGAGAGAGUAGAUAUCUUCUCCUUCGGCAUCAUGCUGUGUGAGAUCAUAGGGCGGGUGAACGCAGACCCGGACUACCUGCCCCGAGCCGUGGACUUUGGCCUCAGUGUGAAGGGCUUUCUGAAGCACUACUACCCUGCAGACUGCCCGCCUGCCUUUUUCCCCCUGGCUGUCCUGUGCUGUGACCUGGAUGCUGAGAAGCGGCCGGCGUUCACAAAGCUGGAGGAAUGGCUGGAGAACCUGAGGAUGCACCUGAACAUGCGGCUGCCUCUGGUGUCCGAGCUGGAGCAGGUGCAGAAAGACUUCAGGCAGAACCACCUGAAUGUCAGCAGCGGACUGCCCAAUCACCAGGGACAAGCUGAGUAGGAGGCGGGGCUUAAGAGGGCGGCAUUCAGCAGGACCCGGAGAGCAGCCUGGUUGGGCUGGAAGUGUUCCAGACUGUUGAGGUUCUGCCCAUGACAGGAGGACCACAGGAGGGGUGGACUGCCACUGCAGUGGAGGCGGGGUUUCAGGACUCCACAACUUUGGAAUGCCCCCCCAAGGACUGAAGCCCCCCCCCCAACAAUGCCCUGUAUCCUCUGGACUUGGGGUCUUCCAUUGUGAGCUUUGUGACUGAACCCAGUGGGUGAUUGGUGAUGUCCCUGUUGCCGUUGGUUAUGAGCCAUCUGUAGUACAUCCAUCAGCUUCUUAUGGUUUACCAGUGCCCUCAUGCUCUCACUCGCUGCGUGUUUGAGGUGGAGCUGUAUAUUUGAGGUGGCGCUGCAUUUUUAAAGGUGGAGCUGUGUGUUUGAGGUGGAGCUGCAUGUUGGAGGUGGAGCGUGAGGUUUAUGUUUAUAUUGUGUGAGAUUUUUGUUUCUCAGAUUAGCUUGUUUGGUUUACUGCUAAAUGUUGCAGUGUUUAAAGCAUAAGGUUUUAAAAUGCUAACGGCGCAGGUUUAGGGGCAUGUAGUGCAUGCUUGUAAAUACUCUGUUUUUCUGCCCAUUUUAUCCUAGUGAAGUGUCACUCAGUGCGUAGUUUAACACAGACCCAGGUAAGGUCAUCGCGUUUACAGAGCGAUGUCUUCAGUUUGGGCUUUCAGUUCAUCAAGCGUCAACAAUGUUUUGUGUCACACGGUACAUUCCUCUAAGUUUGCUAUCUCUUCACAUUCUGAAUUACACUCUGUCUCUGCCCUAGAGGUGAGCUGGCAUAAGACAUCCUAGUCCAAAACAAUGCAUAUAUAGCUAAUUCUAUUACAUAUUGUAAAGGUUUUAGAUAUUGUAAUUGUACAGACAUUAUUUUGUAUACGGUUGUAACAUUGUCAUAUUUUUAUUGGGCUUCUUGUUGAAAUGAAAGGAGCUUGUCUGGUUUGUGUCAUUGGGAGACUACCUUCUCAUACACAUGUUGGGAGGUGUAGUGUACCAGGCAUGUGGCAUCCAUGCUUGUCCUCUGCGCUUCCUCUCCUGAUGUCUCUCACACUGUCUUUUCAUACUGUCAACAGCAGGCAGUAGCAUAACACAAACUGAAAUAUUUAUUAAUGGCUCACAAGCAGGUGAAAACCACGAUACUCGUGCAGUGUUCAAUCAUAGCUCAGUAAGGAGCUAAGAGCAAGUUCCUUAAAGAUAAUCUCAUCCAUACUUAAAUGGACUACCUGAUAAUAUCAUCGGUACUGAAAUGGAUUACCUGAUAUUUGUGGCCAGGCUCUUACAAAGUUGAUCCUUGUUCAGUUCUAGGACCAGGUGUAUUUCUGCUCCUAGUCCUGUCCUUAGAUGACAUAUCUGUCUAGGGCCCGUGCAACCUCGACAGGUUAUAUGUAGGAUCUCACAGAUGUCUGUAUCCCGCUGUUGUGUACAUCUCCCUGUGGGAGACGUCCUGUUUACACAAAGCUGCUGGUUGUAAAUAUCUCCCGUGUUUUUGUCACAUCCAACUCCCUCCACCCUUCUGUCUGUCUGUCUGUCUGUAUGUCUGUCUGUCCAUCUGUCUUGGCUGGCUCUCAGUUCUUCCACUUCCUCGACAGCAAUCAGCUGUUCUCUUAACUGAACAAAUAUUAUUCUGGAAGUAAACACAGAGGAGGAAAGUAUGUGUACAGUAGUGGUCACAGCCCAAGAGAUGAAAAAAUAAACAAAUGGAAGAAAAAGGAAAAAAUCAGCAUCUCUCUUUUUUUAAUACAGCCACUAAUCUGUUCCACUGUAAUCUCUGUUCCACUGUAAUUUCAUUUGUAUAGAUUUUCAUUUGCACUAAAUAAGAAAAAGGCUGCCAAUAGAAAUAUGGCACUUUUUUUGGUAACCCAGAAAUUAAUCCUAUGUGUGACCUAGGAAGUACAACAUGUCGAGUAGCUGCAUUUGAACCCAAGAGCUUGUCUGUAUGUUUUGUCUGUAUGUGAGACAUCUAUUAGACUGUGCAUUUCUGUGAAUGCGCAGGACAGAGAGAGAACAGUCGUGUUCCUUCCUCACACAUUUCAGGCUCUUUGUAUAUUCUUAGCUUCACUGAUCUUCUUAAUAUAAUAGAUGUUGCUUAUGAAAGCCAUAUGAAAUUGACAUCAGAUGAAGUGUGAUGAAAUUCACACAACAUGUGCACUUAAAAUAUACUGUAAAAUAAUUUAAGUUACACAAUGUUGCACCAACCAGUCUGAAGAAUCUCAACCAAAUUUAAGGUAUACAAACAUUUGUUGGUAAAUGGCUGUUAUUUGAGUACUUAAUCUUUGUGUUUUCUUGGGGUUUGCUGCACAGGGGUUAGGGUCUUUGGCCCAUCUGCUGCCUGAGAAGGUCCUCUGUGAAAGACGUGACUGCUUAUUCUUUGAAGUGAUUGCUUCUUCAUAUGAUGUCAUGUUCACGUUACACUGAAGCACUGCUCAGCCUAACUGUAAACACACUAAUGUCCUUGUCUAGUAUUCAACACUGAAAGUCUAGCUCAGGGCAUAAUGACUAAGACCACUAGUCACCAGUUGGUGUUAGCAACCAGUUCCAGUCCCAAUAAUAAAGUCCCAGUGUGCAUGUUCGCUGCUCUUUAACAUCACUCUGCAUGUACAGCAAGGUGGCGCUAGAGUGUACAUUUCUUUCAGUGUAUACAAAUGCUGUAUGGGCAUGUUACACUGGACGUGUUUCCGGCAUUUUCUCGCUAGUUAAUUCCGAGCAUGACGAUCCCGUGAGCUUCUGUGUGACGUCCUGCUGCAGGACGUGUUUGCAGAGGAGCUGUUUACCUCCUGAUAUUGCUGUGCCUUUGUUGUAUGCUAGCCUUGCCAACGACUUGUAGUGCGGUUUGGAUUUAUUCAUUUAUUUAUUUUAUUUUUUUUUGUAACAUAAAUCUAACGCUGAUUUUAUAUCACUGCUGAACUGCUGAAAUAAGAGAUUCUCUUUUCUCUAUAUUUGUACUGUAUUCUCCAUGUCUCCAUAGUCCAGUUUGGUAUUUACUUUCACAAUUUUGUUCUUUUGAUUUAAUUUUUUUACACAAGCUGUGAAAAAAUGAUUCUGCACUUUAAAUUCUGGCCAUGAAAAUUAAGAAUCCAAGGAGUUGACUGUAUGAUUUCACUUGGAAUAAAACUGUCGCUCUGUUACACUUAAA